UCCAAUGCGAGAAACAAGAUUCAUUGGUGACUGCAUUUCUUUCAGAGGAAACAGAGGUAUUGAAAAGGAGAAUUCUACCGUACACAAUGUUCCAGUAACAAUUAGCAUAUCAUUACUAGCUAGUGUAAUUGGUGUCAUGACUUUGGCUGGACCUGUGCUGCCCUAGUAGUGCUUGUAGGUGGGGGGGGGAGGGGGGACCCCCCCAGAGUUCAAAAGACAAUCCUCAUUCCCAAAGACCGAGGAGGAUAUAUACUGUACAGCCAUGUCAAACUCCCAGGAACAGAGUCUGAAUAAGGACGUGAUAUUUCUGCCGGUGUCUGAGUCCAGCCCGGAGUACCUCCACUGCGAGAGGGAGCGCUAUGCUCUAGAAGGCCUGCUGAGUGCAGGCCCCGGGGCCUUCUACUCCAAGCUGAGUGCAGAGCACCUCGUCCCUUUCCUCUCCCCAGAGGAGGUGAACCAGAUCAGUGGCUGGGUCAAGGACUACAGCAGCUAUGAGGAAGUGGAGGGGGCUGAGGAGGGGGGCAGCUCAGGGGUGCAGAACUUCUCUGCCAGGUACUUCCCCACCCACUCAGACACCCCUGCACCCUGCCUGGAGCUGGGCUGGCCUGAGGGGGUCACCUGGGUGGGAAUGGGACACGCCAUGGUCUACACCAGCCCACCAGCGGAUGGACAACCUCCUAUCAGAGAGAUCAUCAGAAGACUACUGCAGGGGGCUAGCAAGGUUAUUGCCAUGGUUACAGACAGACUGACAGAUAGCACUGUGAUUGGUGAUCUCCACACCAUCGCUUCACGGGGAGUCCCUGUUUACAUCAUCCUGAACCAGAGAUCCAACCAGGAGAACUUCCCCCCUCACAGGCUGAGGCAUCCGAAUAUGCAGGUUCGUGUUCUUGGAGGAAAGACCUUCUGUUCGCGGGAGGGAAAGAUAGUGAUGGGGGAAUUGAAAGACAACUUCCUCCUGGUGGAUUUGGAGACAGUGAUGAAUGGUAGCUACAGCUUCACAUGGUCAGACGCCCACCUGCACCGGCAGCUGGUGACAGUGCUGAGUGGCCCGGUGGUGGAAUCCUUCGACCGAGAGUUCCGGAUCCUCUUUGCAGCCUCACUUCCAGUUCCAGACACAUGGAAGGCCGGCAGGGCCCCGAUAGAUGAGCCCCAUCACCACUCAGUGCUCCUUGACCUCAACAACCAGCCCAAGUAUCUCCCUAUGGAUCCUAUCGACAGCCCCCCUCCUACCCCACCUGCAGACUCCACCCUGGACUGGGAGGCCCUGGGCGUUAUCCACAGAGGAAGUCCUGUCAAUCAACACAGUGAACCCAUGGACAUGAAUAUGAACAUGGAAGAACCACUGCAACAUUUUACAGCAGUGAACAAAAAGCCACCUUUUGGGGAGGAGUUUUGUCCGAAGGAGGUUGAUCACCGCACAACUACGCCUGUGAAUGAGAGGAGAUUAUUUUGCAGCAGAGCUUUACCCUAUCAGACAGAUAACCAGCCGUCCACUGAAACAGAAACCCAACACAGGGUCCAACCCAAAACAUAUGUCAGACACCUCUCCAAACAGAGGAGCUAUGAAGUUUAUGAGAAAGAGUCUGUGGGGCCCAGUGAAAACAAAAUGGAGACAGGCCCACGAGAAGAAGUUGUGGCCUUUCCCUCCAGAGAGAGAAAAUAUCGUCCAACUAGAAGGGAAGAUGUUAUGGCAGUGGAGUUAGGCUCAGAGGCAACCAAAUCUGGAGUCAAGUCUGGUGCUGAUAGCCCCUCUACUUUUAGGAGACCUCUGAUACUGAAGGUGCCUCAAAGUGAAAGCUUCACCUCUUUGAGUGACAUCAUGAGGAGGCUCCAGCCUCGUCAGAGCUCUUCAGCCCAGCUAAGGAGGGGUGCUAUGACCACCGUGUCAGAUCUCAGCAGUUCCAUGAUGGACCUGAGUGUGAUGCAUACAGACCCAGGCUUUAAAGAGAGGGGACCAUCAGUGCCACAAGCCAGUGUAAGUUACUUUGACCCUAUUCGAAUGACCCCAGCCCUCACCCUGAUGAGGAAGAGGAAUGAUGAGUUUAAAACUGGGAUCCUUAGGCCUCCCAAAACCUUUCUGCCUCCUACCACCAGGCCUCGCAGUGGCAGCUUUGGACUCCAGAGGGAUUGGAGAAGGCCUCAGAGUGACGGGGAUCUAGGGAAGGAGGAGAGAAAGUGAUUGAGUGAAGAGGUUGGAAGAGAGCAGGGAAAUGUUACUAUGCGAAUGGGACAGACAAUGGUAGCUGCAUUGAGAGCAGAGCCUAAGGUUGAAUCACACUGACAAAUUUGAUGUGCAACUUCAGUGAAAAUGGUUACAGUAUUUACCUAGAAGAUGAAGCAGGGAAGCCAUCUGUUAAUGACAGCAGGUAAAGGCAUUUAUGGAGGUCCUUACGUUUGAAAUGUAUUGAGCUGGAUCAAUAAACUCAGUUGAUCAUCUCUCAUAAUACCGACAUUGUAAGUCCUACAAGAUGGUAAAAUGCUCAGUAGAACAAAUCUAAAUAACUACAGUAUUCAUGGUUUCAGGCCCCACACAAAUGUUUAAGUACAGGUCUUGGACUAGAAUAGUAGAUUUCUUUACAUAUUAAUUUGUUUCUUAUGGAAUAUUGGA